UAUGUGUCUCUUACUCCAAGUUUCUUCCCCCACCAAAACUUCCUCGUUUCGUUUGAAUUCCUUUCUUAUUGCCUCCCUUCCUCAUCAGUCUCUCCUUAUAAAAGGAGUUAGAUCGGGCCACCUUCGUUAUGUGACCCGGAGCUCCAGAAAUUUAACUACAGAAAAACCUAAGGUAGUCCCACAAACUAAAUUCAAUGGCUUCCGCGUCCACCAGCGCACCCUCCCCUAUCAAAACUGUCGUCGUUUUGGUCCAAGAAAACCGAUCCUUCGACCACAUGCUCGGAUGGAUGAAGUCCCUCAACCCUGAAAUCAACGGCGUAACAGGAAAAGAGUCCAACCCAUUGUCCACAACCGACCCAGGCUCCGACAAAAUCUACUACGGUGACAAGUCGGUGUUCGUGGUCCCCGACCCCGGUCACUCGAUCCAAGCCAUCUACGAGCAAGUAUUCGGUGAGCCCUGGACGGAGGAAUCCGCUGCGAAAGACCUUGCUCCCAACAUGAGCGGCUUCGCUCAAAAUGCCGAGCGGACGGCGACGGGGUUGUCACAGACGGUCAUGAACGGCUUCGUGCCUGAUAACGUCCCGGUCUUCAAGGAAUUGGUCACUGAGUUUGCGGUGUGCGACCGCUGGUUUGCGUCAGUUCCGGCUUCGACGCAGCCGAACCGGUUGUUCGUGCAUUCGGCUACGUCGCAUGGGCUUUCCGGCAAUGACACUAAGCAGCUCAUUGAAGGGAUGCCUCAGAAGACUAUAUUUGAAUCAGUUCAUGAAGCUGGUCACACUUUUGGGAUAUACUUCCAGUACCCUCCGGCGACUCUUUACUACAGGAACCUUAGAAAAUUGAAGUACUUACUGCACUUCCACGACUAUGAUCUUCUAUUCAAGAAGCACUGCGAGGAGGGGAAGUUGCCAAACUAUGUUGUAAUUGAACAAAGAUGGUUCGACCUGUUAUCGAUACCUGCGAACGAUGACCACCCGUCUCAUGAUGUUUCAGUGGGCCAGAAGUUCGUAAAGGAAGUCUACGAAGCACUAAGGGCAAGUCCACAGUGGAAUGAAAUUUUGUUCAUAAUUACGUACGAUGAACACGGCGGUUUUUACGAUCAUGUUCCAACGCCGGCUGCGGGGGUCCCUAGUCCCGAUGACCUAAUUGGUCCUGCACCAUAUAACUUUAAAUUUGACCGUCUUGGCGUUAGGGUUCCAGCCAUCUUAAUUUCUCCAUGGAUUGAGCGUGGAACAGUGUUGCAUGGGCCUUCAGGGCCAUAUCCCACGUCAGAGUUCGAGCAUUCUUCGAUUGCAGCAACUGUCAAAAAGAUUUUCAACCUGAAAGAGUUUCUUACAAAGCGCGAUGAAUGGGCGGGCACUUUUGAGGGUGUUUUGACAAGACAGAGCCCAAGAACAGAUUGUCCAGUUACUUUGGGGGAACCUGUGAAACUGCGAGAGGCCGGGCCACAAGAAGGGGCAAAACUGAGUGAGUUUCAAGAAGAGCUAGUACAAUUGGCCGCGGUAUUGAAUGGGGACCAUAGGAAGGACACCUACCCCGACAAACUAGUGGAGAACAUGACCGUUGCAGAGGCUGCUAAAUAUGUUCAAGAAGCAUUCAAGAGAUUCCAGGACGAAUGUGCGAAAGCCAGGGAAUCUGGGACAGACGAGGACGAGAUUGUUGUUUGCGCUACUGAAUAUUCCUCGGCGCCAUCAAAAUCCUUUGUUCACAGGCUAUUGUCUUGUUUAAUCUGUGAUGGUUGACAAGCCUCCAUAUAUAUCACAUCUCUGCCAAUACCAUUGAUUAUAUUCUUAGUUUCCAAUUGAAGCACACCUUUCGCCUAGCUAGCUUGUACAACAUUCUUGGUUCGGAGCUGCCUUUGGUUUAUGUUCUACGGAUUCAAUAACGUAGAUGUAUAUUGUUGUUUGUUGUGAUUAAAAUGUAAGAAAAAUCCCAAUAAGGUGCGGCCCAUAUGCCAUAUAAUAUUUCGUGUGGUUUAAUACACAGAA